UCAUCGUCAUCGGUCAAAAAACGACAUCGACAGCCUCUCUAUACACGAGACGUCUUUCCUCUCAAUCUCACCAACAUCCUCUCGGGAAGACGGAUCCCCUGCUCGAAGCCCGAGCAUUCUCACAAUAGGCAACGGUCGGCCUACUGUGUCGACAUAAGUCAGCCUAACGUCUUGCAGUCUUAUUCCGUAGCAAGGGUUAGACGGGUUGCACCUGAAGGUCAUGGCUGCCUGCGUGGACGAUUUUACCUGAUGAGGGCAGGCGCCUGUAGGGCAGUACAUUUGAUCAAUGAUGAUGGGAUUGGCAACAUUUCUCAUGACAAGGUUACUAAACACCAGAUUCCGAGCAUACCCGACGCUCCGCCGGGCCCACGACUUCACGCGGACCCCAUUUUGUGUCUUUGUGAAUACGGAGUUCGUCACCGUCACAUUCUGCACUCCAUCCUCGUUCAAGCAAAGAAGGUAAGUAAGAACCUGAUUCCGUGCCCGGGCCCGCAACCUAUCCGCUCCAACCAAACGUUCAUAGAGCCGGGGCCUAUGGACACGCAGUCGUCCCCUGUCUUAAUUAUGGUGUCCGUGACCGUGACGCCUCUAGACGAGGCAAUGUGGAUCCCGUCAGUGUUGGGGCUCCCGCUUGGGGCCGUGACUCUCACGUUCCGAAGCCUUAUGUUGCUGCUGUGGCCGAUGGUGACGUGCAUCGUCUGGCUGACACCGAUUGUACCGGCCCCGCCUGCACGACCAGAACUCGGACCCUCUGGCGUCGAUUGUUCCCCCGACCAGCGUCAACCCACUAACUCUUUAUCGGGAGCCACAAUAGUUCCUGCCAUCUCGAACAAGAUCCGGUUUCUGCACGGGCCCGUGAAGCUGAGCGGCCCGACCACAAACGUGCCCCUCGGGACCGAAACUGAAGCGGGCCGGGCCGAGCUGCAGGCGGCCGACCAGGCCCGUUGGAAGGCCGCGGUCGAGUCCGUUCGGCCGUCCCCUCUCGCACCAUAA